GGCCCCGCCCCCCUUGUGGGCGUGACCUCGCGUGGCCCCACCCCUUCCCAGUACGCCCAGGCCCUGGCCGAGUUCAUCCGGAGCCAGAGCAUCCGGGAGCUGAAGGUGUGGACCAGCCACAUGAAGCGCACCAUCGAGACGGCCGAGGCGCUGGGGGUGCCCUACGAGCAGUGGAAGGCGCUCAACGAGAUCGACGCGGGGGUCUGCGAGGAGAUGACCUACGAGGAGAUCCAGGAGCGCUACCCCGAGGAAUUCGCCCUGCGCGACCAGGACAAGUACCGCUACCGCUACCCGAAAGGCGAGUCCUACGAGGACCUGGUGCAGCGCCUGGAGCCGGUCAUCAUGGAGCUGGAGCGGCAGGAGAACGUGCUGGUCAUCUGCCACCAAGCCGUCAUGCGCUGCCUGCUGGCCUAUUUCCUGGACAAAAGCGCCGAGGAGCUGCCCUACCUCCGGUGCCCCCUGCACACCGUGCUCAAGCUGACCCCUGUGGCUUACGGGUGCGAAGUGGAAUCCAUCUUCCUCAACGUGGAGGCGGUCAACACCCACCGCGAGAAACCCCAGAACGUUGACGUCAGCCGUCCCCCGGCCGAAGCCCUGAUCACCGUCCCCGAGCACUACUGA